AUGAACACGAGUUUUUCGGUGUUUAACAUGGAGCUGUUGAAGUUUGUGCUGCUGCUGGUGUUCAUGUUCAGUGUGUGUGAUGCUGCAGCUCUGCCAUCCUGCAGCUGGACACACUCCAGACUCAAAACACUGAAUGAGGAGAGCAACAGACUGCUCGAGAGCAUGGGUGCUCCAAUGCCAAUGGAGUGUUUAGAAGCAAAAAAACCCUUUCCCUCCUUUCCAAAGGAUGUGUUCGUUAAAGCUCAGAAUGAAGAUCUGGUCUUGGUGGCUCUUGAAACUCUGAGAGGAGUUGCUACAAUCUUCAAGAACAACCAAACAUCAGUCACGUGGGACAGAGAGAAACUGGGACUCUUCAAGAACAUUGUAAAUAGACAAGUGGAAAAGCUGGAGAAAUGCGUGGGGAAAGAGGUCCAGACAGUGACGGAGAAACCUGCGGACAGCAGCACUGCUACACUCAGGUCCUAUUUUGAAAAGCUGGAGGAGAGACUGAAAGAGAAGGGGUUCAGCUCGUGCGCCUGGGAGAUAGUGAGAACUGAGCUGCGCGAAGGCCUCAAGAAGUUUCAAACUUUUCUACAGAGCAGGAAAUAA